AUGUUUGUGUUUUUGGCCUUGUCGAAAGUAAAAAGAAUAUACUUCUUUUUUAAUUUUUUACAAUUUUUGAUUAAAGUUGUGUGGCGUAAAAGAAUCCAAUCUAAAAAGAUUGGUGGAAGAUUAUUUAAAUAUACAUUAAUUAAUCACAAAACUGCUUACCACUGUGAUUCUUUACAGAAUAGAACAGAACUUAUCAAUAUAUACUUGAUAAGAUAUAUGUUAUAA